AUGGCAGCUAAAGCUUUGUCUCUGGAUGAUGACCUCUGCUGUCCUAUAUGUUUUGAUAUCUUCAAGGACCCUGUAGUCCUGAAAUGCAGCCACAGCUUCUGUAGAGUCUGUCUGCAGCAGUUCUGGGAAGGGAAGAGCUCUCCGGAGUGUCCCACCUGCAGGAGGAAGUCCUCUAUGGACAAGCCUCCUGCUAACCUGGCUUUAAAAAACAUUGUGGAAACCUACUUAAAGCAGAAGAUUGAAAAAGCUCCAGAGAAGAAUGAAGAUCUCUGCAGUCUCCAUGGAGAGAGGCUUCUCUUCUUCUGUGAGGAGGACCAAGAGGCUGUCUGUGUCGUGUGUCAGACUUCAAAAAAACACAGAAACCACAAACUCUGUCCCGUGGAAGAGGCUGCACUGGACCUGAAGGAAAAACUUAAGACUGCACUGAAUCCUAUUAAAGAAAAGCUGGAGAAGUUCACUGAAGUUAAACAAGAGUGUGAGAAAACUGCAGAACACAUCAGGCGUCAGGCCCAGCACACAGAAAGGGAGAUAAAGGCAGAGUUUGAGAGGCUCCACCAGUUCCUGCGAAAUGAAGAGAAGGCCAGACUAGCUGCACUGAGGGAGGAAGAGGAGCAGAAGAGUCAAAUGAUGAAGGAGAAGAUAGAAAACAUCUCAAGACAUGUAUCCACCCUUUCAGACCAAAUCACAACCAUAGAAAGGGCCAUGUACUAUGAAGACAUCUCUUUCUUAAAGACGUACAUGGAUGCCAAGAGAAGAGCCCAGUGCACACUGCAGGAUCCACAGCUGCUUUCAGGGGUGCUGAUAGAUGUGGCCAAACACCUGGGCAAUCUAAAGUUCAGAGUCUGGGAGAAGAUGCUGGGGAUGGUGCAGUACACUCCUGUGACUCUGGACCCCAACACCGCACACUCCUACCUCACUGUGUCUGAUGAUCUGACCAGUGUGAAACUCACUGAUACUCCACAAAAGCUUCCAGACAACCCAGAGAGGUUUUACCUCUAUGUGAGUGUGCUGGGCUCUGAGGGGUUUACCUCAGGAAAACACAGCUGGGAGGUGGAGGUGGGGAACAAACCUGUGCGGGAUUUAGGGGUGGUGAAAGAGUCCGGCGUCAGGAAUGGAGUGAUUGUACGCGGCCCUCACACAGGAUUCUGGGUUGUGACUCUGUGUAAUGCCAGUUACGCCUGCACCUCAGACAACAAACGACUCAAACUGAAGAGGAAACCCCAGAGGAUCAGAGUGCUGCUGGACUAUGACAGAGGGAAGGUGUCCUUCUAUGAUACCAGCGACAUGUCACACAUCUACACUUUCAAAGACACGUUUACUGAGAGACUCUUCCCAUAUUUCAGUCCUGAUGUUGACAUUGAUGGCAGGGACCCCGGAGCCCUGCAGAUCUGCCCAGUGAAUGUAUCUGUAGUAAUGACUGUCACAUACUGAACUGCUGUAGUAACAAGAAGUGAAACAUACAUUGAAAGGGAUAUAUCGGUGACAUUAAUG